CCCCAGAAAUUUGACAGCAUGGAUUGGGGAACACUUCAUUCACUUAUCGGAGGUGUCAACAGACAUUCAACAAGCAUUGGCAAAAUUUGGCUCUCUGUACUCUUCAUAUUCCGCAUAAUGAUACUGGUGGUGGCGGCAGAAAGUGUCUGGGGCGAUGAACAGGCUGAUUUCACCUGCAACACCUUACAGCCUGGGUGCAAGAAUGUCUGCUACGACCAUCACUUCCCAAUCUCUCACAUUAGGCUUUGGUGUCUUCAGCUUAUUUUUGUUGCCACACCAGCCCUCCUAGUUGCCAUGCACGUAGCCUACCUAAAACACGAGGAAAAGAAGCAACUGCAGAAAAAGGGAAACUGCAAUGAGAAAGACCUUGAAGAGGUAAAGCAAAGGAAAGUUAGAAUAGUGGGAACCCUGUGGUGGACCUAUGCCACCAGCAUUUUCUUUAGAGUCAUGUUUGAGGCUGCCUUUAUGUACAUGUUCUACUUUUUGUACUCUGGAUUCCACAUGCCACGCCUGGUCAAAUGUGACAACUGGCCUUGUCCCAACGUUGUAGACUGUUUUAUUUCCAGGCCCACUGAAAAAACAGUGUUUACUAUUUUCAUGAUCAUAGUAUCUGGUAUCUGUAUGGUCCUAAAUGUGGCAGAAUUAUGCUAUCUGAUCAUCCUAGCAUCUCUCAGAAGAUCAAGGAAACAAGCUAGGAAGCAUUUAAACAACAUCUCGGGCAAGGAGGAGAAACAGAACAUGCUGAAUGAACAGAAAGAACAGUGAUCCAGACAACUGACUCAUCUGGAAUUACUUGCAAUUGAUUUGGGAACACAACUGCCAUUUAUGAAACUGGAAUAAUUAUCAGAAAA